AUGAGACUGAUCCAUACUUCGACACUCCAACUCGAAUCGUUCCUCGGCCAGGAUAUCCCUCCCUAUGCCAUCCUCUCCCACACCUGGGGCGAGGAUGAGGUUUCUUACGACCACGUCCGCCGCGGUAUCCAAUACAACCUAAAGAAGCCCUCCAGAGGUCUUUGUAAAGUACUCAACACAUGCGCGCAAGCCCGGCAGGACAAUCUGCACUACGCGUGGAUUGAUACGUGCUGCAUCGACAAAACCAACAGCACCGAGCUGUUCGAGGCUAUCAACUCCAUGUUCAAGUGGUAUAAAAACUCGGCUGCCUGUUACGUGUAUAUGGAGGACGUCAUCCUGGAACUGGAUGGGACGGUCACAAACUUCGAGACCAGCAGGUGGUUUACUCGAGGAUGGACGUUACAGGAACUGAUUGCACCACAUGGCCUCACCUUCUUUGACUGCAACUGGAGCUACUUGAAAAGCAGACACGAGAUUUCAGAGCCGCUCGCAGAAAUCACCGGCAUCUACCAGCAUAUACUCCUGCGACGUCACUCGUACUCGCCCGGGCCGCCUCGUCCUGACAUCGACUGCCGCGCCUGUACAAGUUACGACUGCCUGCAGUCCGCUUUAGACGACGCUUCAAUUGCGGGAAGGAUGAAGUGGGCUGCUAAGCGAGUGACGACUCGUGAAGAGGACAUGGCUUAUUGCCUGAUGGGGCUGUUUGGGGUCACAAUGCCACUGCUGUACGGGGAAGGGAAAACAGCUUUCCAGCGCCUUCAACAAGAGAUUCUGAGGAUCAGCCCCGACCAAACCAUUUUGGCCUGG